GCCGGUCUUCCCUGCGCUGGCCCUGACCCUCCCCCCUGGGCGGAGCCUAUCAAUAUCUCCCUUUCUCUUCUUUUCCUUUUUGUGCCUCCUUCUGCCGAUCUCGCUGCCGACCGCCCCCUCCCCUCGCUCGUCUUCCUCCUCGCGCGAGCGCCGCCACCGCCGGUUGGUCUCACCUUCGACUCUCUCGCUCCCAUCACCCCACGGACCGAUUCCGCCCUUUACCUCCCCGUUUCAUCUCCUUAAUUUUCGCCGAUUCGUAACUGAUGCAAAAAUCAAGGACAACCUAGAAGAGGUGUAGUGCUAUCUGGCUUAACAGAUUUGCUGUGUAAUGCUUUCUUGAUCUUCAUCCAUAUUACAUCACUGGGAAGUUCGGAGACUUGAAGCAUGAGCUCUCAUCGUGUUAAGUGGAAUGAGGACAAUCUGUAUGAGAUCGAAUCAAACAAGCCAGUGAGGCAGAAGAUAACUGAGCCCAAGACACCAUAUCACCCUAUGAUAGAUGAGGAUGGGUCACUAUCACCAACACGUCCUUUCGACAAGUGUCUAGAUGAGACUGUUAACGCUGAAGCUAUUUUAACUGCUUUAAAUGGUGUGGCUUCUUCAAGCAAAAGUGAUGCGAAGGAUGAUGGUUGGGCAUCCUCAGAUGAUGAUGCAGAUGCCAUGGAACAUGAAGAUGGUGUGAAAAUUCAAAGUUGGUUUGCCAGUGAACUGCAUGUCUGCAUGAAUGAUCAGUCUUAUAUGUUUCAUACUUGUUCAAGAUGGUCAGGACAAAUCAAGAAUAUAUAUAGCUGUUACUACUGGAGAUUUUUCCAGUUUGAUGAUUCAGAGGUUGACAAAGGAGCGGUGAGUUUCAAGGAGCAUCGCCGUGUUCACUAUGAUGAAUUCCGCAAGGUUAAGGAACUAAUGCGCACUGGAUCUCUGACUGAAGAGGAGCCUCGUUCAGAUGAUCGGGGUGCAAACAACAGCCAAAACAAGACUACUGGAGAAAAGGCAGCAGACAGCAAGUCGUCACCAUCACCUCAAACAUCGUCAGCAAAGUGAAUGGUCACUAAGCUGAAGAUCAACUAAGCAGAAGCAUGCAGUUUGCGCCUGCUGUGUUUGUAUUGUUGAAUCCUUGCUUUCAGAUCAGAUCUGAUGGUUUUCUGUACGAAAAGAACUUGUCCAUCUUUAUUCUGAGAUGUCGCGGUGACUAAAACGCGAUGGCUCAGAAUUCUAGUUGAACUAGAUACUUAAACGUUUUCAGUCAAGAUUGGAGAGGCUAUAAUUUGUCUGGAACAUUUCUUGUAAUACUGGAACUGAGUUAUGUGAUGAACACUUGAGCUAAUUUUCUUCGUUAGAUAAUGCUUCAA